CUCUGCAAGCGGGCAGCCCCGCUGGGUCCGAUGCCCAACGAGGAUAUUGACGUCAGCAACUUGGAAGUGCUGGAAAAAUACCGCAGUUUCACUCGCUACUUCAGGCUGGCGGAAAAGGAGAGCAGGAAGCCCCGCUGGUGGAAGACGUACCGGCAGCACACCAGCCCCCAGCCAGAGCCAAAGACCGACAUCAGCCUACCGCGUGAUAAGCUGCUGCGGGCAAAGGAAAUCAAGGAAAGAAAAAAGAUCCUGAGGGAGAACCGCCAGAAUGCCGAGAUGGAAAGAGCAGCGCGGCUCCGGACUGCUCUGAUCCCCCUCGACGAAGUCAGAGCUGAGUGGGAGAAGACCAGCGGCCCGUUCCACAAGCAACGCGUGGCAGAGCACUGCGGGAUAUUUCGUGACUUGUUCAAGGGGGCCACGUUCACCCCCUGGGUUACCUUGAGGGUGGAGUACAGCCAAGAAGAUGAGCACCUCGUGCCGGUCUACUAUGGGAACGUGGUGACUCCGUCAGAGGCUUCCAGUCCCCCUGCAGUGUCAUACGAAGCAGAUAAAGGCUCCCUCUGGACUUUGUUGCUCACAAAUCCAGAUGGACAUUUGAGAGACGCCGACUCGGAGUACCUCCACUGGCUGGUGACGAACAUCCCGGGGAAUGACAUCAAGUCGGGUGAGGAGAUCUGCCAUUACUUGCCCCCCUUCCCUGCCAUGGGAACUGGCUACCAUCGCUUCAUCUUCCUCCUCUUCAAGCAAGACCGCCCCGUAGAUUUCAGUGAGGACGUUCGGCCGAUGCCAUGCCACAGCCUCAAGAUGCGAACCUUUAGCACGUUUGACUUCUACAGAAAGCACGAGGAUGCAAUGACCCCGGCGGGGCUGGCGUUUUUCCAGUGUCAGUGGGACAGCUCCGUUACUUGGGUUUUCCAUCAGCUUCUCAAUAUGAGAGAGCCUGUGUUUGAAUUCGUGCGACCGCCCGUUUACCAUCCUCCACAGUUAAAGUUCCCGCGCCACCAGCCUCUGAGGUACCUGGACAGGUACCGAGACACCGAGGAGCCCACCUACGGCAUUUACUAGGGGCCCAGCCUCCUCUCGAGGCGCUCUGGUGUACGCUGGGAUGCUGGCCGGGCAGAUGGGGCUGCCGGCUUCCCUGCGUUCACGCAGCGGUGCAGCUGGGAGCCGUCUGCGCCUCUGGAGGGAAACGACGAAGUCUCAGCCCCUCGGCUCCCAGUUCCCCUGUGCUGGCAGUGCUGGGAAGUGUGCAGCUGAGGGCAACAGGCGUUCGCAGUGCUGGCAGCUGUGUGUGGUCAAAAGGCUACUUAAAGAGGACGUUCGUAGAUGAAAGCAAAUCCACGGCCAGGCUGAAAUCUUGCUACUGAUUCUCUAGCAGAGCUGAUCAGUGAGGGCGGCAGGGUGGAGUCCCGCAGGGAUGCCUUGCCUUGCUUCUCUGCAAGGAUCACAGUUCUCAUUUUGCCUGUUCAUGGAACAAACAGGGCCAGGCAGCCUGGAUUUCCUCCCCGUACAGCGCUGCGAUUCAGGACUGUGUCAGCUUUCAUUUGUGCAGUCCUCUUAAAGAGAUGGGUCUGAUUAAACACACUCUGAGCGAU